GCAUCAGAUUUUCACAUUAAGUCUUUUUCCUGGAAAGGAAGUUGAGCAUGUGGCUCUGGGGAAAACUACUUUGGUUAUCACUUUGAGGUGUCCAGGAACAGCGUCCCGACUAAUCCCUUGGGUGCACAGGUCCUCGGUAAGGAGUUUCCCGCAAGUGCACCUCGGAUUGUACCUGGUUCUACUAAAAGGAGGUGGUGAGGAUUUUGUUCUGGGAGAGAUGAGUGGAAGCGGCAGAAGACGUAGUUCUAAGUGGGAUUUGAGAGAAGAAGAGCGUCACUUUGAAUCUGAAAAUGUACAAGAUGAUUCUUGGCCCAGAAAAGCUGGUACUUAUCAUGAUAAAGAAUUGGAAACUGGAUGGCUCUCUCCAGGGGUUGCUGGCAAUAAUAAUUCAAAAUGGUCUGAUGUGGAGGAAAAUGAUUUGCUAAAAUCAAAGCGUGAUGCGGCAUUGGCAUCAGGUGAACCUCUGCCGAGAAAUAGAGGCUCAGUUAAGGAUCAUAGCUACAAUAAAGGCCGCAACAGAAAUCUGGAAUCCAAUGUGGCCUGGGAUGGAGAUGGGAGUUACAGCACAAGAAUGUCUCCUGGUCUUGACGAGUGGAGAGGACCAAGCCACAGUCCCUCCCCUAAAAAUGUUUGGAGCAGGUCACUCAGAGGUAGGAGUAGAAGCAGGAGCAGGAGCAGGAGCAGGAGCCUAAGCAGGAGCAGAAGUCCUGUUCGUGGCAUCAGACGGGAAUCAGGAUUCCAUGACAGAAGUAGAAGCAGAGGAGCGUCAACUCAAGUAUGUAGAGAUUUUACUGCUGGGAGAUGUAGGAGAGGCAAUCAUUGCCAUUUUCUUCACCAGGGUAAUCAACAUCAUGAGGAUAACUGGGAGAGUAGACACAGGAAAGAUGGGGAUUCAAAAUAUUCCACCACUCAUGAUACUAGGGACUACACAUCAAGAAUUGGAAGAUCCACUCCAUAUUGUACUGAUUUUGUGAGAGGAAAGUGUCGGCGGGGGGCAUCUUGUAGGUAUGCGCACGAUGGUGCUUCUGAUAGUUUUGAUAAAGUGUCUGGAAAUGAUGCCAUCAGAGAAAGGGAAAAUCGUAGAAAUAGAGAUGCAUCUUUUGAGCGAGGCGGUGAGCCUGAACACCGCAGGGGUGGUGAUGUUCCUUGUAAAUUUUUCGCUGCAGGAAAUUGUCGUAAUGGUAAAUAUUGUCGGUUUUCUCAUCACAGUCCGGCUGACUUAAGUCCUGAUGGAAGGUCACGAGGUGAUAGGUGGGGGCUGGGUCGCAAUUCAGAUGAUGUGGACAGAUUAUGGGAUGGCCCAAAAUUGAGUGAAUGGAGCAAUACGGUUACUGUCUCAGACACUACAAAGAGCGAGGACAAAAGUGGAAAGUUGGGUGCCCCGGUAGCAAGGCUCCCUCGUUGGUCAAUCGAUGAUACUAGAUGGGGCCAUGGUAUGGACAAAGAGAAGAAAAGUUGUGGCGACCCGGCAGUUGAUAAAGCAGUUGAGAACAAUGAGAAGGCUGGCCACCUGUGGAUGGAGGAAAAUGCUGGUGCUAGCAUCGGUAUUUCUGAAUCAAGAGGUGCUGAGAAAUGGCUUGGUGAUAUGGACAUGUCUCCUGAUUGGAAUUAUGGAGUGCAGUCUGCAAACCAUGCUGUGAAAGAGGAGCAUGGUCAAAUUACUCAGGCUCCACAAUCUCUUGGUUCUUAUGAUCCUUCUUUGAUGGCUCGGGGACAGGAUAUAACUAAAGAGGCUUCGGUUCAGUUUCAUGGUGCUGCUGCAGCUGUGCAACCGAUCAUAAAUGAAAAAUCUUAUUUCAAACAGAACCACAAUUUGAUGGGGGAUGGUGCCAAUGUAGUAUCAUGCGACAAUAAGGUUGCUGUUGAAAAAACUGUUAGUUCAAGUGCUGAUCUAAACGUUUCUGCCAAUAUCAUGCCAGGACAAUGCUUCAACCAAAAUGGCCGGAGUUUGAGCUCCUUACCUCUUUCAAAUAUGAUUGCAGUUGGACAAAAUCAAGUGGUGACACCCAAUGCCCCUUUAAGAGGAGGUAGUGGAACAAUAAAAUAUCAACAAAAUUUAGCAUUCUCUUCAGAGGGAAAACCUCUUAUCCAACCAGAUAUUGGUGAUGAUAGUGCAUUACAAGUAAAUCCUGGAAUUCCUCCAAGUCAGAAUAUGGUAAGCGGUGAACAGCUCACCAAACUUACCAACCUUUCAGCUUCUCUGGCUCAGUUCUUUGGUGAUAGAAAGCAGCUUCCACAACUUUAUGCUGCUCUAAACUCCCAUAAUUCAUCGGAUAUUCCUUCCUUUACCAACCCUGAAGUGCCUCUUCAGCCAGUUUUGGCAGCACACGUUCAGAUAGAUCAAGCCAUCAGAUCCCAGCAAUAUGAUCCUAUAUGUGAUGGCGUGGAAUCUAAGAAGCCUGGCUCUAGUAACAAUCCUCCAGGUCUUAAAUCAAAUUCAUUGGGACCGAAAAGUUCUGUAGAUGGAAAACCAGAACUACCAUUGAAAAACUUAUCCCCAUCAUCUUUUCCGGUUGGGCCUAAUGACACUGAUUUGCCUAUGACAGGCAGUUCAGAAGAACCAAAUCACAAGAGCCAACAGUCGAAUAAGCUGGAUACUGGUGCACAUGGUGAGGCUAUGGAAAACAAUGGGGGGACUGAGGAAAGGAAGCAAGCCCAAGAGGAGAACCAAAAGGAACAAGAAGUGCCCUUCAGGAAUGCAGAUGGAGAUGCUGGGGAGGAUGACGGCAAGAAAAGCAAAGAUGCGAAGGGUAUUCGAGCAUUUAAAUUUGCACUUGUGGAGUUUGUUAAGGAACUUCUGAAACCCACGUGGAAGGAAGGUCAAAUCAGCAAAGAUGCUUACAAAACUAUAGUAAAGAAGGUGGUCGACAAAGUGACUGGUGGGCAGGGUGCUAAUAUUCCUCAGACACAAGAGAGAAUUGAUCAUUAUCUGUCAUCUUCAAAACCAAAGCUUACUAAAUUAGUGCAGGCAUACGUGGAAAAAACUCAGAAGGGCUAAAUGAAGCAUAGAAUUUCAUUGUUUAUUUUGUUCAUUUUCUUUAUUUCAUACACCAGGUGGUUUAUGAUAUUCCUUUUGUACUACAGCCUCUAGAAAUAUUAUUUUUCCCCUUCAUGUUGAUGUGAUUCAGUUGCUGAUAAGCUAACCUUUUAACUCAUGCUUGUAAAUAUACCCGAGCUUUUUUUUGAAAGACUUGUGGUUUAACUCUUCAGUGUGAUUUUGGGGAUUUUUGGCUGGUAA